CGCUGCGCAGGCGCGUGAACAAGACUCCGGGAGCCGGGCUCGUUUGCGUCCCUGAGCUAAGGAGGGAGGAGGGAAGGAGCGAGCUCCGCCGCCUCCGGCUCUGGCCGUCAGUCUGUGUGAUCAGGGUAGGGCAAGGCGAAGGGGGGACCCGGCUUUGAGGGUGAGCACCCGGCCCCACGCCGCCAUGGGCUCCAGUUGGAGCAUCUCAGGGGAGGAGGAAGAGGAGCGGCGGCCGCUAUUGCGGCCCGGACCUGGGGUGGGCGCUGGGGCGGCCGGGAGGAGCCGGGAUCCGACUGCGGAGCGGCCAGCGGUAGCUCCGGCGGUGCCAGCGGUGCCGGUGCAGGUCUUAGCCGGGCCUGCGCGCGUGUACGGGCGUCGCUGGCUCGUACUGCUGCUCUUUUCGUUGCUGGCCUUCCUGCAGGGCCUGGUAUGGAACACCUGGGGCCCCAUCCAGAACUCGGCUCGCCGGGCCUAUGGCUUCUCCAGCUGGGACAUCGCGCUGCUUGUGCUCUGGGGACCCAUCGGCUUCGUGCCCUGUUUCGCCUUCAUGUGGUUGCUGGACAAGAGAGGUCUCCGAGUAACUGUGCUACUGACAUCCUUUCUUAUGGUUUUGGGAACGGGUCUAAGAUGCAUACCUGUAUCAUCAGACAUUGUGAUUAAAAAAAGAUUGAUCCAUGGAGGACAGCUGCUCAAUGGAUUAGCAGGUCCAACAGUAAUGAAUGCUGCUCCAUUCCUGUCAACCACAUGGUUUUCUGCAGACGAACGAGCGACUGCUACAGCAAUUGCCUCCAUGCUCAGCUACCUUGGUGGUGCUUGUGCAUUUCUAGUUGGGCCUCUUAUUGUUCCAGCUCCUAAUGAAACCUCACAUCUACUUACCUCAGAAAGUAACAGCAUCCAUAUUAAGGAUCGUAUAGAGAUGGUAUUAUAUGCAGAAUUUGGAAUUGUAUGUCUGACGUUUUUUGCAGCAGUCGUCUAUUUCCCAACACGGCCUCCAUUUCCUCCAAGCGUGGCUGCAGCAAGCCAGCGACUAAGUUACAGACGGAGUUUCUGUAGGCUCUUAAGCAAUUUGAGAUUUCUGAUGAUAGCUUUAGCCUAUGCUAUACCUUUAGGUGUAUUUGCCGGCUGGUCUGGAGUUCUGGAUUUAAUUUUAACACCAGUUCAUGUCAGCCAAGUAGAUGCUGGCUGGAUUGGAUUUUGGUCUAUAGUUGGAGGCUGCAUUGUUGGAAUAGCUAUUGCAAGGUUUGCAGAUUUUAUCAGAGGCAUGCUGAAGCUAAUCCUUCUGUUACUGUUUUCUGGAGCUACGCUUUCAUCCACUUGGUUUACCCUGACCUGCUUGAACACCAUUACUCACCUGCCUUUAACUACAGUGACAUUGUACGCCUCCUGUAUUCUGCUGGGAGUAUUCUUGAAUAGCAGCGUUCCCAUCUUCUUUGAGCUUUUUGUGGAAACUGUCUACCCAGUUCCAGAAGGAAUUACUUGUGGAGUUGUUACCUUCUUAAGUAAUAUGUUCAUGGGAGUGCUUUUAUUUUUUCUCACAUUUUAUCAUACAGAGUUGUCUUGGUUCAACUGGUGCCUUCCUGGGUCAUGUUUGCUCAGUCUGCUCCUCAUUUUGUGCUUCAGGGAAUCCUAUGAUAGACUCUACCUUGAUGUUGUUGUUUCAGUCUGAGAGCCCAGACUGGGAGGGAUUUACAGAGACUGGCCAUCACUACAGCAUACCAGACAUUUGCUUGGAAUUGCACAACUAAAUGGAGGGGGAAGAGAAGAGAUUAAACUCUCGGAGAUUUUAUUAGGGUACAGAUUUUUAUUUUUAUGUUUAUUUAAUUACUACUAGGUAACAAUAAUGCAGGACUUGAGUGGUAAUAGAUGAUUUUUAAAUAUAUCUGUUUGACAUACAGAUGCCUGAAUCUUGGACUAGAGG